ACGUUGGUGUCGGCUCUCCAAUAAGCAGUUGAUAGAUCCAUCUCACUCCCAUUGCUCCGCUCUUCGCCUUCGCCGGCAUGCGACAAUUCGCACUUUGCUUCCACCGCGACAUCUUUCCGUAAUGGCCCAACAGGCACCGGAAGUGCUUACGGGCCCUUCCCAGGUCCCUGACAUCCUUGCCGGAAUCAUCAUUCCGAUAUUCUUCGCAAGUCUAGUAGUCAUCGGCCGUCUUUAUUCGAGAUUCCUACUGAAAAAUCACUGGUGGGACGAUGCGGCUAUAUUAUUCGCGUGGUUGUUCGCCAUUGCGCUGGUCGCAAUCGUUGGCGUCGAAACCAAAUAUGGCCUCGGCCACAGGUUCAGUAAUGUCCCUCUCCGGCUGCGACCGGUGGGCAUCCGACUAUCAUACGCGACGAUAAGCUGUUAUCAAGUGUCGUUAGUCCUGACGAAGAUCAGCAUUCUGUUGUUCUACCUGCGAAUCUUAAAGAUACCGUAUCAACGAGUUCUCGUAUUUAUCACCAUGGGCUGCGUCGUGGUUUACGGCAUCGUCUUCUUCCUUCUCACUUUCUUCCUGUGCAACCCCGUAGAGAACAGAUACGAAUUCGAUAUUAGAGUGGGACAUUGUCUGGCUUACUACCCGAUUCUGACAGCGUCGGCUGCUUUGCAUACAACAACUGACAUGUGGAUGAUUGGAAUGGUGCUCCCCCAUAUACUCAAAAUGACGCUGCCGAUACGACAAAAGGUCGCUCUUGCGUUCGUCUUGACUUUAGGUAUAUUUGUGGCAUGCGCCUCUCUGACGCGGAUGGCUGUUGCGUGGGAAUUUCUCAACCCCAAAUACGCCCAGUGGGACUCGUUUUCGUUUGCGAUCUGGACCACGUUGGAGUCGAGCUUGGGUCUGGUCUGCGCCUCGGUACCAAUGCUGAAGCCCUUGGUCAGGCAGUUGAUGGGUCUCAAGCCCUCCUCAAAGCCCGAUGUUUUGAAGAACGUUCCUCGGACUAGGGGCCCAGAGAGGCAGGGAAAUCGAACAAACGAAUAUGCCUCGGACGCAACGACGUUAUGGACAAGGGGUGGGGGAGAUGCCGAUAUCGAAGGAAUCGACCUCAGGCCAAUAAAGACUAACCAAACAUAUAGAGCCCCGACAGCGGGAGCGAUUUCAGAAGAAAGGCUUGUCACUGUGUGAUGUAUUAUGAGGUUGGAUUUGGAGAGGCCACCACGGCCAUAGUAAACGAAAAUAUAAUGAGCGAUGAAUUUACGACAUAUGCUAUCCCAUACUGGUGGCUUAAGAAUUAUGGAUUCAUCUUCUAAGACGUCCCCGGAUAUACCUACCUAGACAGAUUUAUGAAGUUACGCCUGCAUAUGUCGCUGAUGCGGCUCGUGAGCG